AUGGAAGAGGAGAGUAACAUUUGGAUAGGACUACCGAGAUAUAGUGCAGAAUAUGGCAAGGGGGUAGAAGAUUUUUUGAAAAAUGCCUUCCAUGUUGGUGCUGUGGGCAACAAAAUGAAGUGCCCCUGCAAACACUGUAUUAAUCGUAAAUGGCAUACAAGAAAUGUCAUCAAUGACCAUCUUGUUUGCAGCGGGCCUUCCCCGGCACAUGUAAAAUGGAUUUACGAUACUUCACAAAUGAAAACACAGUCUAGUUCUAACUUUAUGGAUUAUGAAACGGGGAUGGAUUUUGGAAAUAAUUUAGACGAGAUGUUCAAUUGUAUGGGUAAGAAGUUCGAUAAUUGUGAAGGCAGACCAAAUAUAGAGGCGCAAAAGUUUUAUAGGCGGGUUGAUGAGGGAAAUCAACCAUUAUAUCCGGGAUGUACUAACUUUUCUCGAUUAGGUUUCAUGAUAAGACUUUAUCAUUUAAAGUGUGUUCAUGGAAUUAGUGAGUCUGCAUUCGGGGAGUUGCUUAACCUAAUGAAAGAAGCCUUUCCUCAAGCCCAUCUGCCUUUGUCCUUUAAUGCAGCAAAAAAUAUGAUUAAGGAUUUAGGUCUCCAUUAUGAGAAAAUACAUGCAUGCCCAAAAAGCUGCAUGUUGUAUUGGGCAGAAAAUGAAGAUAAAGAUAAAUGUAAAACUUGUGGAGUUUCGAGGUGGGUUGUACAAGAGAAAAAAGGCAGUGCUGCUAAUAACGAGCCCGAGAAGCUGAUUCACAAAGUGCCGGCAAAUGUAAUGAGGUAUUUUCCACUAAAACCAAGGUUGCAACGGAUGUUCAUGUGCAAAGAAUUUUCCCAACUGAUGAUAUGGCACGCAGUAGGACGGAAAAAGGAUGGGAAACUCACACACCCGGCUGAUGGCAAGACUGCUGACCUGGCAAACGUGGGGUCCGCUGCUGACGUGGCAGUGUUGGGACCACUAUGA